CAAUGAGCGCAGCAAUCCGCUCUUUUCGGAGUUCUUCGGCCGCAGCGUUGAGAAGUCGUUGGCGUGAAACUGGUUCUAUUGUUAACAAGACAGCUUUGCAGGCAACCCUUGACAACGAUAAUCACGAUGAAAGGAGCCGAUUUUGGAAGGAUGUUGUUAAUUCAGAGCUAAUGAUACCUGAAUACAAUAUUUCUGUGGCAGAAGAAAGAGAGAUGGCUUUGAAGAGAUUGAAGUUCUUCUGUGAUAACAAUUACAUAUCAGUAUUCGAUUUCCAUAAAAACCCUCUGAAGGUGUUUAUGGCGCAUGAGUUAGCAUCAGCCAUUGACUCCUCAAUGGCGACGAAGAUGACAGUACAAUUCAACCUUUUCGGGGGCACAUUGCUAAAGCUAGGAACGGGGCGACAUCAACAAGUAAUCAAGGGAAUCGACUCAUUGAGCGACAUCGGUUGUUUCGGACUGACUGAAUUAGGAUAUGGUAACAAUGCAGUAGAAAUGGAGACAACAGCGACAUACAACCAGGGACCUGGAACAAUAACUGUAAAUACUCCUUCUACCAUGGCUCAGAAGUACUGGAUCACUAAUGGAGCUGUACAUGCGCAUCAUUGUGUAGUGUUUGCCCAGUUGGUUGUCGAUGGUGUCAAUCAGGGAAUACAUGCCGUAUUAGUUCCCAUCAGGGACAAACAGUUGAACCCAAUUCCAGGAGUCACAAUUGAGGAUAUGGGUCACAAAAUGGGCAUGAACGGAGUUGACAAUGCGAAGCUGACAUUCCAAAAUGUGGAAGUAGCUCAAGAGAACCUAUUGAACAAGUAUUCGGAUAUUUCUGCAGAAGGAGUUUUCUCAAGCGAGAUUUCGAACGGCAGGAAAAGGUUUCUAACUGUGGCUGACCAAUUGUUGUCUGGACGGCUGUGCAUUGCAUCUGGAUCCAUGAUGGGAUCAAAGGUGUCGCUGGCUAUUGCUGUCAAGUAUGCUGCAACGCGACUGGCCGUAGGAGCAACUGGAAAAUCAGAUGAACCAAUUCUCUCAUACCAGCUGCAGCAGAAUGCGAUUACCCCACUGGUGGCGAGAACAGUGGCUCUCAAUAUUGGACUGAAUGCUGCGAAGAGCAACUGGUCCAAUCAGUCGCUCUCAGGGGACUCCUCAAAGCACGCAGAGAUAGUGAUGGAGUGCUGUGUGAUGAAACCACUGGUCACUUGGAAUCUGGAGGAGGUGGCCUCUGUGUCUCGCGAGAGGUGUGGGGGCCAGGGAUAUCUCUCCUGCAACCGAUUCGGAGUCGCCAUCGCAUCUGCACACGCAGGAAUGACGGCCGAAGGAGACAACGCAGUCCUUAUGCAGAAGGUAGCAAAAGAGCGUCUAUCUGAGUUCGCGAGAAACAUGCGACCUCCCACAGCUCCCGAAUGUACCUCAGACAUCACAGCGACAUCCUACCUCACAUUUUUACUUCAGCAGCGAGAGUUCCUUCUUAACAUGCAAUUGGGCCAAGCUAUGCAAAGUGUGUUCGGUGAUAGGCAAGCUAUGUUUAACACAUGGAUGUACAAGAGCUCGGAUACGAUUCAAAGCGCAGCUGUUGCUUACGGAGAACGAAUUGUAGCUGAAUGGUGUUUAGAUACACUGCAUAAUAAAACAGAGAAAGAUAAUAAAGAAGUCAUGGAGAAAAUAAUUUCCCUGUAUUUGGUUCACUGCGUGAACAUAAAUCUCGACUUUUUCUUGAUCAACAAGCUGCUUACAGUCGAACAGGGAGCUAUGAUGAAGAGUUCUCAAAGUGAAUUAGUGAAAUGGAUUUCGCCUCAUUUGAUGGAUAUUGUUGACAGUUUCGGAAUCCCCGACCAGUUGUUGUUUGCCCCAAUUGCAAAUGAGUGGGAGACUUUUAACGCUGGUGACAACCAGGGAGAAAUCCACGGAAACUCUUAUUUCUGAGUAACUUGUAAAUAUUGCAAGUGAUAUGUUUUUUAAAUGCAAUAUUUCAACAUGUGGCAUUUCAUAGAUUUCAUGAGCUGUUGAUAAAAUGAGAGUAGUCUUGUAUAUAGUAAAUACUCAGUUUAACAGUAAAUUAAGAAAAAUUUAAGAAAAAACAAUCACGAGGUGUAAAACACCUUACGUUAUUGGUUUAUAAUAGUGCUGAUUUAAAUU